CCUCAAACUGCUGUCUACACCGCAUCCUGAUGAGUAAAGGAGAAGUGUAUUGAGGACAAACGAUGGAGUGCGAGGGUGUUUUGGUGCAACCAUUGGAUUUUUGAAGCAACAACAAUUUGGGAAACUUGCACCGCAAAGCGCGAUUGAUAUCGACUUGAGAUGCCAAUUUGGAGGUGAGAAGACAGUAGAACAGUCACAUACAGUGGCAUAGUUGAUAGAAGAAGCACCUGAAAAAUGAUGCAGCACUUGAAGAAGCAGAGAAAGACCUUCCGUUCAUUUACUUUUCUCUCCCAAUGCUUGGCUUUCUCUUCGUCCACCAAGAACCUAAAACCCCACCAAAACCCACUUUCCACUCUCACAAACAUCCCUUCCCAUCCCAGUAGUAACACCAAUGCCAUCACUUUCUCACCUUUAAAGGCACAUCUCUAUGCCUCGUUCUUUUGCACCCUCAUCCGCCUCUACUUGGCCUGUGGAAGAUUUUCCAAAGCCUCGGAGACCUUCUUCUCUAUGCGAAACCACGGUAUCAUUCCAAUUUUGCACUUGUGGAAUCGGCUUCUGUACGAAUUCAAUGCCUCUGGCUUGGUUCCUCAGGUAUGGAUUCUUUACAAUGAUAUGCUCACUUGUGGGGUUCUGCCUAAUGUUUUCACUUCCAACAUAUUGGUUCAUUCUUUAUGCAAAGUGGGUGAGUUGGGUUUGGCAUUGGAUUUGCUUAGGAGUGCAGAGAUUGAUACUGUUACCUAUAAUACCGUCAUUUGGGGGUUGUGUAAACAAGGGUUGGUGUAUCGGGCAUUUGCGUUUUUAUCUGAAAUGGUAAAGAAGGGUGUGUGCAUAGAUUCUUUUACUUGCAAUAUAUUGGUUAAUGGGUUUUGCCAAAUUGGGCUGGUAAAGUAUGCAAAGUGGGUCAUGGAUGAUUUAGUUAAUGGGGGGAUUCAUCCAGAUGUUGUUGGUUUCAAUACGUUGAUUAAUGGGUAUUGCAAAGCUGGGGAAGCUAACCAUGCGCUCAAAUUGAUGGAGAGUAUGAGAAAGGAGGGUUUUUUUCCUGAUAUUGUUACUUAUAAUACUUUUAUAGAUGGGUUUUGCAAGACGGGUGAUUUUGUUAAGGCCAAGAGUCUUAUUGAUGAGCUUUCGGGGUUUCGGCGUAACGAAGAUUGUGUAGUUUUGAAAAUUGAUGAUGUUGAGGAUAGGGCUGACAGUGUGGAUUUGAAACCAAACCUUAUUACCCACACUACCCUCAUUAGCGCAUACUGUAAGCAGCAAGGGCUUGAGGAAGCACUUUCUUUGUAUGAGGACAUGGUUAUGAAUGGGUUCUUCCCUGAUGUAGUCACUUACAGUUCCAUUAUGUAUGGUCUUUGCAAGCAUGGAAGAUUAGCUGAAGCAAAAGUACUUAUGAAUGAGAUGGAGAAGAUGGAUGUGGAUCCUAAUCAUGUCUCAUAUACCAUCAUUGUUGAUUCCUUGUUUAAGGCAGGGAGAACAGUUGAGGCUUUUGUCUUUCAGAGCCAAAUGAUAGUUCGUGGCAUUGCUUUUGAUGUGGUCACGCUUACUACUUUAAUGGAUGGACUUUUUAAGGUUGGGAAAGCCAAUCAAGCUGUGGACACGUUGCAAACAUUUUCCAAGCUUAAUCUAGUUCCAAACUAUGUUACCUAUUCUGAAUUAAUCGACGGGCUUUGCAAGUUAGGAGACAUGGCUACUGCAGAGUCUGUACUGCAAGAAAUGGAGGAGAAGCGUGUUUUUCCAAAUGUUAUUACUUAUUCCUCUAUCAUAAAUGGCUAUACGAAGAAAGGAAUGCUUGGUGAAGCUGUUAAUGUAUUGAGGAAGAUGGUGCAACGAAAUAUCUUGCCAAAUGCUUUUGUUUAUGCAACACUAAUUGAUGGCUAUUUGAAGGCAGGUAAGCAAGCAACUGCUCUUGAUCUGUAUAAUGAAAUGAAAAUGGGAGGAUUAGAGGAAAACAAUUUUGUACUUGAUGCCUUCGUGAACAACAUGAAAAGAGGACGGAGCAUGGAGGAGGCUGAGGGAUUAGUAAAAGAUAUGACAUCCCGGGACGUGUUGCCUGACCAUGUCAAUUAUACAUCAUUAAUGGAUGGUUUCUUUAAAUUUGGAAAGGAGUCGGCUGCUCUUAACAUGGCUCAAGAAAUGACAGAGAGAAAUAUAAGGUUUGAUGUUGUUGCAUAUAAUGUUCUGAUCAAUGGUCUAUUGAGGCUUGGAAAAUGUGAACCAGAAUCUGUUUAUACUGGAAUGAGAGAGUUGGGUUUGUCUCCAGAUCAAGCUACAUACAACACCAUGAUUAAUGCCUACUGCAAACAGGGUAACUUGGAAAAUGCUUUGAAACUCUGGAAUGACAUGAAAAGUCAAGGCUUAAUGCCAAAUUCAAUCACCUGUAACAUUCUGGUUACUGGGCUUUGUGAAGAUGGUGAUAUUAAAAGAGCAAUGGACGUUUUGAAUGAAAUGUUGGUUCUGGGGCUUCAACCUACUUUAACUACUCAUAGAGUUUUGCUUGAUGCAUCUUCUAGGAGUAAAAGGGCGGAUGCAAUUUUAGAAGUGCAUGAGCAACUCGUAGAUAUGGGGCUUAAACUUGAUCAGGCAGUUUAUAACACUCUCAUCACUACCUUAUGCAGGCUAGGGAUGACUAGGAAAGCUACUUCAGUAUUGAGAGAAAUGACACAAAGAGGAAUUUUAGCGGAUACUAUCACUUAUAAUGCUCUUAUUCGUGGAUAUUGUUUAAGCAGCCAUGUAAAAAGGGCCUUUGCUGUUUAUUCUAGUAUGUUGGUUGAAGGAAUUUCUCCAAAUAUUUCUACUUACAAUCUCCUUCUAGGGGGUCUUUCAGCUGCUUGUUUGAUGAGAGAGGCGGAAGAAUUAUUUGGUGAAAUGAAGGAGAGAGGAUUUGCCCCUAAUGCUUCUACUUAUGAUACUUUGAUUUCUGGUCAUGGUAAGCUUGGAAAUAAGAAGGAAUCAAUAAAAUUUUACUGUGAAAUGGUAACUAAAGGCUUUGUUCCCAAAACUAGCACCUACAAUGUGCUUAUUAGUGAUUUUGCUAAGGUGGGAAAGAUGAGCCAAGCUAGAGAGCUUCUAAAUGAGAUGCAGGUGAGAGGGGUGUCCCCUAAUUCUUCAACUUACGACAUACUAAUCUGUGGCUGGUGCAAUCUAUCUAAUCGACGAGAGUUGGACAGGACAUUGAAAGUGUCAUAUCGAGCUGAGGCAAAAAGAUUAUUCACAGAGAUGCAUGAGAAAGGGUUUGUUCCAUGUGAAAGUACGCUUUUACAUAUCAGUUCUACGUUUGCUAGACCAGGAAAGAAGGCCGAUGCUCAGAAGCUGUUGAAGGAACUGUACAAGAAAAAGAACACAUGAUAGAUGGGCUAAAAACAGAAGACAGCAAAGACAGCAAUGUCUAUUCUGGAUAGCCAGCCACUCAAGCGCUUAUGGAAGUAUGUGUUACUGCAACAUUCCAAUUCUUCAAUAAGACACCUGGUCCUGAAAUACUUCACAAAUGAAGUUCAUCAUCCCUUUGUGGCAAUCUAUGAAAUUCAUGGUAUUUCCAUUUCCUGAAUGUUGGGGAAUCAACGAAAGGAAAAAAAAAAGGUUGAACUACUAGUCAAUGCUUCAAAGCAGAAAGAGAAGUUGAUUUACCCUCCUAGGAAAGGGAAAUAUUCAUCAAGUAGACCAUAAAUGUCAAAUCAGAGGUAAUGACUUCCCACACUGUAUUUCAUGGCCACAAAGAAAAAUGAACAUGAAAAUAAAGAAACAGAAAAUCAAGGAAUACCCCUCAUGCUCCCUAUCUAGGCCAUACGGUCUCAUCGCUAUCUUGGAGUAGAAAGCAGGCAUUUAAAGCUUAGGGAGGGGAGUCUUAUUCAUGUUGACACACAGGAUACUAUUUUCUACACCUGUCUUUGUUACUACAAGCUCCACAAAGAUCUAUCAUCGCAAAUCAUUAUGCAGAAACAUACGGUACUGAAACAGUGCUCCCUGAAGAGUAGAGCUCUGCUGCAUAAAAUGUUUGCGUGCAGUUGGAAUAAAGAUCAGGAACAGUAGUGGUAAUAGCUUGGUAUGCUAUGGACUUUUGUGUACCCAGACACAUUUGGAAUAGAUAGAGCUGUGGCUGCGCUUUUUGGAAAUAGAUCUCUGCUCAUAUAUAUACUGCAUAUUUUACUCCGAAUCUAUCAGUACACAGCCUCAACCGAUUGAUAUCCUUAGUAGGGUCGUCUAUUAUUUUGCUGAGAAGAACAUGGACACUUAGAAAGAACAAAGAAGCUGGAAGAGCUUUCCAGAAUCAUGGAUAAGGUAACUUGAAGUUUUACACUCCUUUUUUGUCACCUGCAUAUCUAUAUAUAUAUAGAUAAUUGCUACUAGAAACUUGAACUUCUCUUUGUUCUCUUGUUAGCAUCAACCAUGCAGAAAGAUAUGUCAGAAUUGGCAAUUGCUUGCACAAAAAAAACCUUCGGAAACAGGUCCAAGGUGUUAAAAUGAUGCUUCUAAUGUAUCUAUUCCAAUAUGACACUCGACCAACUCUAUCUUCCCUCACCAAAACUCUUUCCUUAAUAAGGGUGCCUCCUCUAGGUGGGGGAAAGGCAAGUCUCAGGCCGUCUUGCACUGAGGGCAACAGGGGGGUUUUGGGUUUUUGCUAUUUGUGGGUUUUGGGUUUGAGGGCUUGUGGGGUUUGGGUUUGAGGUCUUGGGUUGGAGCCUCUGUGUAUGCUUGUUCACGUAGUGGUGCUUGACGCUUUUUAAUAAAUUAUGAUUCAGCAAAAAAA